AUGGAUAGAUCCUUCCUUCCUGCUCCCAUCUUCUUCUUCCCUGCGCGAGGAAGCUCUAUUUUUAGAGCCAGAGUCACCUGCCGGGUUCUAAUUCCGUCCCAGUUGGUGGUCUCUUGCCAAGGAGGGAGGGGAGGGAGUCUGUUUACAGUAAUGGAGGAAGCUGCUCCGGCGACGGACGUGGUGCUGGAGGUGGGCGGUGGGCUCUUCCCGGCCAACCGGGGGGCGCUCUCCCAACACAGCCGCUACUUCCAGGCCCUGUUCUUCGGGGGUCCCUUCCGGGAACGCUGUCAGAAACACAUCCGCCUCCAUGGCGUUGAAGCCGAGCCCUUCGGGGUCCUGCUCUCCUGUAUCCAAACUGGAAUCCCACUGGCCAUUUCCCGAACCAAUGUGGCUUCUCUACUGGAGGCGGCCGACUUCCUGGCGCUGGAGCGGCCCAAGCGGUGUUGCGAGGCCUUCCUGGAACGAGAACUGAGGGUAGACAACUGCCUGGGCCUGAUGGCCUUUGCCGAGCGCUUCUCCUGCCCAUGGUUGUUCUCGGCCUCCCGCGGAGUGGCCCUGACCCACUUUGAGGAGGUGGCCGCACUUGACGAGAUGCUCGCUCUCUCCCCGGAGUCUCUGUCCGCCCUGAUGCGCAGCGACUGGUUGUUCGUGUCGCGCGAGGACCGGGUCCUGGAGGCGCUGCUGCGCUGGGUUAACGCGGAGCCCGCCGUCCGCGAGAAGCACUUCCUCAACCUCGUGGCGCUGGUGCGCGGACCCUGCCUCAGCCUCCCCUGCCUGGACCGGCUCAUCCGCGACGGCACCGGCAACAACGUCCUCGAGGCCCGUCUUUUGCGGAAGCUGAACGCCCACCUGCCCCAGAGCUGGGCCCCGGGCAAGAGGGGCCCCUGUGCCGAGCGGGGCCACGAGGAUGUCCUGGUCCUGGCCGGGAGGCACGACCACGAGCAGCAGCAGCUCCUCCGCUUCCAGCCCAGGACGGGCGCCUGGCGGAACUGUGCUCCGCUCCUGCGCAGGAACCUCACCCAGUACGCCGUGGCCGCCGUAGGCGACCUGCUGUACGUGACGGGCGGCUUCACGCGGGAGGAGUGGACGUGGUCCCCGACAGAUGGGGUUCUGUCCUACAGCAGCUGGGAGGACCGCUGGGAGGAGGGCCCCCCGCUGCGGACGGCCCGGCAUAGCCACUGCGCGGCCGGGGUGGGGGGCCGGCUCUUCGUGGCGGGGGGCGCCCUGGACGGGGGGCCCCUGACGCCCGACGUGGAGAGCCUGGCCCCCGGGGAGGCCACCUGGCGCAGCGCCAGCCCCAUGGCCCGACCCGUCGAGAGGGCCGCCGCCGCCGGGGUCGGGUCCCGGCUGCUCUUCGUGGUGGGCGGCCUGGACGAGAGCGGGAGCGUCUGCCCCGCCGUGCAGCGCCUGGACACGCUCGCCGACGCCUGGGACGUGGUCGCCCGCUCCCCGCUCCCCCGGUACGACCUCUGCGCGGCGGCCCUGAACGGGGGUCUCUUCACGGUGGGCGGGGGGGCCCUGCGGCUGGAGACGGACACGGGCGAGUGGACCCCCCUCGAGGGCGGGGAGGGCGAAGAGGACGGGCAGGGCGGGACCCGCCUGGGCCGGGGCUUCUUCAAGGCCUGCGUGGCCGCCAAUGGGCGCCUCUACCUCCUGGGGCAGCGGCAGGGCAACAGCCAGCGGCCCAACCUGCUGCUCCUGGACCCCUACCUGGAGCCCCCCCUCCGCUGCCGGGAGCUGGACCCCCAAGUCCCCUGCCCGCUCCCCAUCCAGGCCGCGGCCACGGUGCGCUGCUUCGGGACCUGGCACUGACCGCCGACUGUCCGAAGAGGAAGAGCGGAUGCAAUACAUCUCUACCAACCGAGUUCGAAGCUCGGGUCGGGGUGAGCACCCAACCGUCAGCCCAGCUACACAGUCUGAAAACAGCUGUGAGUGGCGAGUAGAAAAAUUAGGCACAAUGUAAAUGGGUCGGAGUGAGCACCCGAUUGUCAGCCCAGCUCACUGUCCACCUAAACAGUCCGAGCGGCGAGUAGAGAAAUUAGGCACAACUUAAGCGGGUUGGGGUGAGCACCCGAUCGUCAGCUCAGCUACACAGUCCGAAAACAGCUGUGAGUGGCGAGUAGAGAAAUUAGGCACAACAUAAAUGGGUCGGGGCGAGCACCUGACCAUCAACUCAACUCACUGUCCACCCAAACAGUCUGAAAACAGCCGUGAGUGGCGAGUAGAGAAAUUAGGUACCACUUAAAUGGUUCGGGAUGAGCACCCGAUCGUCAGCCCAGCUCACUGUCCACCUAAACAGUCCGAGCGGCGAGUAGAGAAAUUAGGUACCACUUAAGUGAGUCGGGGUGAGCACCUGACCAUCAGCUCACCUCAAACAGUCCAAAAACAGCCGUGAGCGGCAAGUUGAGAAAUUAGGUACCACUUAAAUGGGUCGGGGUGAGCACCCGACCGUCGGCCCAGCUCACUGUCCACCAAAUUAAGCAGGGAGGUAUUUGACGGCACCCUAAAAGGAAAACACCGCAAAUGCCGGCGAUCAAAGAACAAGGAGGAAAGUCUGUGACCGAGGGCUCGUCGUAGCGGAUGGAGCGACAGCGCCCCCCUGUGGCCGGAACCGAGCACAACCUCCAAGGACGCCGAAGUUGGGAAAAUUGCCGACAUGAUACCUCUGUUGCCUAUCCUGUCUCGCGGAAUAUAAAUGCUAUAAAUAAUAAGUAUAAAUAAAUAUAAAUAUUGUAAAUAAUAAAUAAAUGGGAGCCUCAGGAAGAAGGUCAUUUUUUCCUCCACAGAUAGAUAGAUAGAUAGAUAGAUACUCCACUUGCUUGACCACUCUCAAGUCCUCUGGAGAUGCCAGUAGCCACAGAUGCAGGCGGAACGAAACAAGGAGAAAAUACUGCUAUAAUAAUAAUAAUAAUAUAAUACAUUUAUUACCACUCAAGAUAGACAAUAAGCAGGUCUCCUGCAGGACUGGGGUCUCCUCCUGGUUCGGCCAACGCGCCCAGUGGUCAAGUGUCCACCUCCCGGGCCUCCUCAGGGGCACCUCCCGGCCAGCUGCCGGGCCUGGCGGUCCUCGCGGGGGGUCCACGGCCGGGCGUAGCCCCCCCGGGGCAGCAGGAGGCGGUUGAGCGUCCCCUCGAAGUUGACGUGGCGCCGGGCCAUGAGCAGGUAGUGGCGCCCCUCCUCCAGCAGGGGGCAGGCGCAGGGCCCGGCCGCCCAGGCGAACUCCCGGCGCUCGAGCGGGAAGCGGUUGCGGUACGUCUCCACCACACGCAGGUCGUAGCGUGUCUCCCGCCCCACCGACCGCCGGGACAGGAUCUGCGCACGGAAGACUAGGCGGGAAGGACACAUGACAUACGAUAUGAUAAAGACACGAUCGGUAUGGAAUGACAGAUCCAAAGCCGGGCGAUGGAGGGCUCCCGUGUGCCCCAGUUCGGGCGCCAAAUAGAGCGAGACGCCUCCCCGUGAAUGCAUUCCGGGCCUUGCGAUCAGGAACGAGGAGAUUGUAAACACAGAAACUAUCUCUGCAUUCUAUCUAUAUAUAUAAAAGGGUAGUGGCGUUUCGUCUAUCUAUAUAUAUAAAAGGGUAGUGGCGUUUCGGCCUGGGACAAAACAACAAAACUACACAUCCCGGAAACACUAAACUCUCUCUAUUCUAGUUUCAAUGUAGUCAUGAAUAAUGAAUAAUAUAAUAGUAAUAAUAUAAUAUCCUACAAUAUUAAUAGAAUAAUAAUAGCAUGAUAUAAUAAUAAUCUAUAUCUAUACAUAUAAAAGUGUAAUGGCAUUUCGGUCUAGGACAAAACAACAAAACUACACACCCCAGAAACACUAAACUUGGCAGCACAACCUCUCAUCCUUAUUAUCCAAGAUAUUCACUUAUCCAAGCUUCUGCAGGCCCGUUCAGCUUGGAUAAGUGAGACUCUAUAUUGAUAUUUUAGUAUUAUUUAUAUUAUGAUAUUAUAUUAUGAUUGUUGGUGUUGCUCCAUUAUAUCUAUAUAUAUAAAAGGGUAAUGAAAUUUCGGCCUAGGACAAAACAACAAAACUACACAUCCCAGAAACACUAAACUCUCUAUUCUAGUUUCAAUGUAGUCAUGAAUAUUGAAUAAUAUAAUAGUAAUAAUAUAAUAUCCUACAAUAUUAAUAGAAUAAUAAUAGAAUGAUAUAAUAAUAAUCUAUAUCUAUCUAUAUAUAUAAAAGGGUAAUGGCAUUUUGGCCUAGGACAAAACAACAAAACUACACAUCCCGGAAACACUAAACUCUCUAUGCUAGUUUCAAUGUAGUCAUGAAUAAUGAAUAAUAUAAUAAUAAUAUAAUAGUAAUAAUAUAAUAUCCUACAAUAUCAAUAGAAUAAUAAUAGAAUGAUAUAAUAAUAAUCUAUCUAUCUAUCUAUAUAUAUAAAAGGGUAAUAUAUAAAAGAGUAGAUGAAUAGGUACUGUUCCGGCGGAAAGUUAAUGGCGCUCGAUCGAGCCAAUGACUCACCGAAGUCGCUGCUGCAGUAGUGGUGCAGGCGCCGGGACUUCCCUUUCGCCGCCGGGCACUCGCCACAACGUUCUGCAAAACAGGAACGGAACGGAGUUGCGCCGCCACCCGAAACGGAUGAAAACACACAGGGAAUGGGGAUGGCGUCGGGGGCCUACCUCGCUGGGGGGGCGCUGUGGCCGCGGGGGCCUCCGGGGGCCGCUCUGCCUGGGCCUCCCGGGUCUGCUGCUGCCGCCGCAACGGACUAGGGCCGCGGCCGCCCUCCUUCGGGACCCAGAACUCGAACUCGACGCCCGGGUUGGGCGCCUGGAAGAGGACCUGGCGGGUGGGGAGAGCGGAGGAAACUUGGGAAGACCUGAAUCAUGAACUCUGGGAGUGGUGAAGCCAUGAGAUCAUACCGGACGCACCUGGGCUUCAAGGUUUUAUCACAAAUUCUCUGAGAACGUCUAACUCAGGGGUCCCCAAACUAUGGCCCGCGGGCCGAAUGCGGCCCUCAAAGUACAUUUACCUGGCCCCGCCCUCAGUUUUAUAAUAUAAUAUUUUUAUAUCAGUUUUAAUAAUAUAUUGUAUAUACAUAUAAUAUUGAUAAAAAUAUUAUAAUGUUAUACAAUAUAAUACUAAUAAUAAUACCAUAUAAUAAUAUUAAUUAUAUGUUAUAUAUUACAUAUAGUAUUACAGUAUAGCGGUAUAGUUCAAUAUAGUAAUGUAUAAUGCUAAUAUUGUGUUAUGCUGAUAUAUAUUGUAUGUACAUACAGCUGUUCUGAGUAAGAAGGGUGGGAUAUAAAUGUAGUAAAUAAAUGUAGUAAGUAAAUGAAUAAUUAAUUUUAGACUUAGGCUCACCCAAAGUCUGAAAUGACUUGAAGGCACACAACAACAACAACAACAACAACCCUAAUUAACUUGACUAUCUCAUUGGCCAGAAGCAGGCCCACAAUUUCCA